GUUAGAGUUGGUUGGGGUCUAACAUCAAGUGAGCACAGGGGACGCAAAACUCGACGUCUCUCUUCACUCUGACCCCAAAUAGAAUAUAUUCCUAAAUUGAGAGAGGAGGUUUCGUCAACAGGUGAUCCUUGCAGAGUGUUUUGUUCAAUUUAACAUUAUGACCUGCAAUGUGUCUGAAACAGAUUCGUGCGGAGAAGGAGGUAUUUGCGUUAGCUCUGUGGUAAAUGUCAGUUCUUGUUACUGUAGCGAGGGCUAUGUUUUCAACGAUGGCGGUCUUUGCGAAGUACCAAGAAUUCCCAUGGCCUAUUCUGCAGUGGCUUCUUUUUGCUGGCUGUGUUUUCUGCUCGUUUUGGGAAAGUUCCUUCGUCUCUACGUAUGGUUCUUUCAACAGCUUUACCUCCCUGCCUCAGUCAUCGGUGGCAUCGUCGGGCUGGUUGUGCUCCAAGUAGCUCGUCUCGAUCAAAGCGUCUCACAAUUCAUGGCACUGAAUUUUACCAGGGGAUGGGCUGUCUCUGUGGGUAACGUUUGUGGAAAAAAUAAGAACCAAGGUCACCUUCAAUGUGUGUUACUAGGAAAGAUGCCUGUUUUUGGUGUCAGUCCAUUAUUUGCGACCAUUCUACCAGUGGGGUUUGCAGGAGGUCAUGGGACUGCAGGAGGACUCACACCCACAUACAAGACACUGGGGUUCCCCAAUGGUGGAGAUUUUGGUUUAGCCAGUGCUACCUUAGGACUUGUUUUCUCUGUUAUCUGUGGUGUUAUGUGGGUUAACAUUGCUACUCACAGAGGAUGGGUCAAGCAGGAAAGAAUUGAUGCUUCUAAGGAAGUCAAAAUAUCUAUCAGGGGGGUGUAUGCUGUAGAGAGCCGUCCCUCAGCUGGAGUGCAAACUGUGCGAGCAAGCUCCAUAGAUGUGUUGGCAUUCCAUCUUGCAGUGCUUGGAAUAGCCAUGUUGAUUGGGUAUGGCCUGAAGCAGGUGUUGAUUGUUAUUGAAAGUACAUCACAGAAGCUCAAGGAUCUUAACUUUCUCUCUGGUAUUCCUCUGUUCCCAUUGUGUAUGGCUGGGGGAAUAAUUAUCCAGCUUGUUGUGGAGAAAAUCCAGAGGAUAAAUGAAUUGAUUGAUGCAUCUCUCAUGGAACGCAUAGCCUCAUCUUCACUGGAUUUCCUUGUUACCUCAGCUAUCGCUACAGUUGAUGUCUCAGCUGUUGCUGUCGACAUUGCCCCCUUAUUGAUCCUGUGCACUUGUGGCUUCAUCUGGAACUUUGUUAUGCUGGGUUGUGUUUCAAGGUUUCUGUUACCCAACCACUGGUUUGAAAGAGCAAUUGCAGACUUUGGAAUGAAUACUGGUGUGAUUGCAACAGGGCUAAUUCUAUUACGAAUGGUGGAUCCAGAGUGUCGCACUCCAGUUCCUGCUGAUUUUGCCUUCAAACAGCUUCUUCACUCUCCAUUCAUGGGCGGUGGCAUCUGGACUUGCUUGGCACUUCCCUUACUGAGUGUUCUGAAUAUCUGGGUGGUUACAGUCAUUGCAGCAGCUGUGUUCAGCUUAUGGCUUUUAAGCUUCUUUUUCUACUUUCGCAAGCACUACACUGAAACAUGUGGCUGUGGUCUGUGUGCUGAGGAGAAGCCCACGUCUUUUUCAAAUCAAGUUGGUUAUGGUGGUCUACAGGAAGGGAGUAGUCAGGAAAUGAAUGGCGUAUGUGUUGAAGAUGAAAAUGGCGAUAAAUAAUCAAUCAAAAAUGUGAAAAAAGAAGCAAAUAUUGAGCAGAUGCCAGCCCAACUAAACCAGUUUGAUUUCUCUUAUUUUCUGUAAAACAAAGUUGUUUUAGAUGUGAACACCACAAACAAACGUUUCCCUGUAAUGUAAGUGCAUGUCUUCUUUUGAUGUUGUUGUUUAAAAAGAAAAUAACAGAUGGGGCUGUGAAUAUUAACAUGACAUAAAAUUGAGUGGCAUUGGUAUGUUAUUUAUCUGGAGAUUUUAUAAUGUAAAGGUUGAAUGCUUUUUAGCUAAUUAACCCUUUCACACUUUCAAGAGUGGUUUUAAGCAAUUAUUGGAUGAGGUUUAACAUAAUAUCAUAAAUUAUUAAUACCAAGAUCUGAGUUAUCUGUCGAAUCUGAAGGUUAAAGUUUGAUAAUUCUUGAUAUCAUACCAACAACAGAUUCAACCUUAAUUUAUUAUACAUUUUUUAAACAACCUGCAAAAGAAAUCACCUCUCUUUGAGUUUCCACUACAAAACACAACAUACAGGAGGGGCAUGGAAACCAGGUAGACUUUGAACCCAAAAUGAUAACCCAAUAUCAGUUGCAGAUAUUAAUUGGGUUAUCAUGUCAACUUCACAUGCUAUUGUGUUUUGACUAUGUGUUCUCUACCAGUUAGAGUUUUUAAAAGUAAGUCUAAUGUAUAAUGAUACUUAUAGUCAUUUAAUUUUAUGUUACAUGGAUUUAUAAUGCUUUUAAAUACAAGUAGGGAAAAAAUUAAAACAUUUUUAACUUAAAAUGACAGAUAAUUUGCAAAUAUUUUUAAUUUGCAUGCUCAAUAAUUUUUAUAAAUAGAAAAAUAAGUCAACUGUUCUAUAUUUUUGGGUAAGUUU